GCAUCAGCUUCGGGGGCAGCAGCCGGAGGAGCAUGGCCUCCCGCUGGGCCAAGCUGGCGCGCAGCCUGCACGGACUGCACGUCCUGCGGAGUGCGCACUUCCUCAGCCUGCUGGCCGAGGCCGUGGGCGUCUCCUGGUGCGACACGACGGGUCUAUUCGACUCGCUGCUCGAGUCGCUGCAGCACCAGGACACGCCCGCGAGCGGCGGCGCCGCCGCCAGUGACGUGCGCGUCGGCAUGCUGCUCAUGGACUACCGGGCGCAGGCCGCCGCCACGCGAACUCUGGUCGCCGACGUCUUCCUGACCCUGUCCAAGUACAACCUGUUCGUGAACGGUGCCACGGCGUCGCUGUGCGGCUGCCUCAAGCUGUGCCAGCGUCACGCCGCCUUCCUGGAGCUCACCGAGCAGGCUGCGCAUCCCAGCGCCCUAGACGCGCACCGGCGGGCGUCGCUACGAUGGCGGACGCAGUGCGAGCGUCUCUUCGACCUCGCCGUCGACUUACUCGCCGACUUUGAGGAGCGAGUCCACGAGCAACUCUUGCUGGAGUAAGCUCGCCGACUCCCUCAACAACUGCCACGCCAUCGUCCCUAAGAGCUCGCUUCCGGAAUGGGCGCCUCGUCCGCUGCUGGGAAGUGCCGAGCUUCACGCAGAGCACAUGAACAGCCUUGCAUAUAGGGAGCCUACAUGCAGCGCUUGCAUGUAGGCUCCCUAGCCUUGCCAAACCGACACCGCCUUAAGUCUACUGCCGCUGAAACAGGCAGGAGGAGGUUCAUUAGGAUUUGCGCCGACCGUUGAACUACGGCGACAUCGUCGUCCAAGUCCAUUUCUGUCAUAACAUGCCUUUGCGAAAGGUACGAGAAGAUAAGCUUGAAGAACGCACUGCGUAAUCGCAGGCAACGUGGACCGCGGGCAGGCUGUAAUCGUGGAUGCUGUCCUCAAGGCUGACUUCAUUCUUUGUAACUCCAGCACAUCCAGCCUGCCGUCGUGACUGAAGCCUGAGACCGUAGACUUGUGCAACUGUGGCUGGCCAAGGACGAUUUUUGAUCGUCUACAAACUGGUUACCAUCCAAUUUAUCGAGGUCUGUUGAAGAGAGUCCCAUUCCUGCAUUGACUUUACAUUCACGCACCCCUGAGCAAACUAUCUGCUUAAUCGGCUGAAGCCUGGAACCUUAGGGCUGCACACAAAACUAUCCAGGGUGAGCUCUACAUGCGCAAGACAUUGCCGUCACACUUUUUACUCACCAGGACGUGGGCGGACAAUGAAUGCAUAGAUUUGAACAGAGUACUUCUCGACAGCUUUUAAGGCGAGCGGGAUUGCUGUAUGCCCACAAAUACUCAUGUUUUCGGAAAGUGCGUUUAAAUUAAACGCCUCUGAAUUUGAAUGAAAAUGGUAACGUUGACACGUGCUCUCUCUAUGACAACUCAUCGGGAGCCACUUGUUCCUUGCAGUGUGGAUGACCUACAAUUGUGCGGCAGCAGGGGACUUGCACCGGUUUCUGUGCAACACAAGAGCUUGCAAGCAACAGUGUAGAAGCAGACGUAGACAUGUGUCGUUCAUGUCCCAUACGGUUGACGAUUGUUAUGCACUUUCGCCCAGUUUAACGUCAUUUUUUUUCUCAGUCAGUCGCAACGUGCUUUGCUAACGUUAUAAUGAAUUGACAAGUAAUAUUGGUUAAAUAAGGCGCUACUCAUUAGGUCAUGCAUGCAACAACACAUGGAUGACAGUACGGGCCCGCGGCAAUAAUGCGAGCUUGUGCUUUUCACCCUUGUGUACUAGUCCAAGUCAUCUUUCUUUCGGCUGUCACAUGGAACAUGCAAA